CGGCGUUUAAAAGGGGUCCAUGUUCCGCGGGGUUCGGGGCCCUCUCCUUCCGCCGCAUUCCUUCUCUCCCUCUCUCCUCCUCCUGCGCUUGACACAGCAUCUACGGCGGUGCGUCCCGCUUCCCAACCCUGCGACCCCGCGGUGCAUCCCUCUCAACUGCCCGAUCCAUCCCUCUGUCGAUUUCUCUCCGGCGGUGCUUUGGGCGGUGACCAGACCGUCGGCCGGUGACUAGGUGUCGGUCCAGUGAUCAGGUGUCAACCGGUGACCGGGCCACGUCCGUCGAAUAGCAUCAGCAGCGAUUUUCCUCUAAGUUGGAUCACGUUCUUCUUGUUCCCGUGAUAAUUCUCUUCAACUGUCCCAGAAGAUACUGAAAAUGGUUCAAUAUGAACAAGGGAAGCGGAGUGGGUCUUGGAGGCAUUGGUGGUGGUGUUCUUGCUGCAGGCCCUACACAAGCAGCUGCUGUAGCAGCAGCUCAAAAGCAAAAAAAUCUGCUUCAGCGUUUGGAAGGAGACAUUGCUAAUAUUGUUGACAAUUUCAGUGUUUUGGUUAAUGUGGCUCGGGUCAAUGACCCACCCUACCGAAAUUCUCAGGAAGCAUUCCAGAUGGAGGUCCGUGCAGCUAGAGUGGUCCAAGCAGCUGAUUCACUGCUCAAAUUGAUUUCAGAACUAAAGCAGACGGCAAUUUUCUCAGGCUUUGCAUCUUUAAGUGACCAUGUCAAGCAACGGAAGCUUGAAUUAGGCCAACAAUCUGAACAAACUGAGCGUCUGUUGGCAACGAUUAGUGAGCAAAUGGUUGCAAGUUUGAAAGAAAUUGAAUCUCAUUAUUAUUCUUCUGUUGUAAGGACAGAUCAGACUUGAUAAUACUUGAAGAUACUUCCUGUAAAGCACUUGUUUUCUGGUAUUCAGGUCAGGUUAUUGUAAGCGACCAAAUGAUCGCAAAUAUUCACUCAUGUGUUUCUAAUAGGUCAACGGAAUGAACCUUUUCCCUUGGUAAAAUUUAGAAUGUAAGAGUUAGGCAAUUUAGCCUUUGUGCAA